AUACACCCGAUGUUCCACACAAGCCUACUAAGGCCUUACGUCCGUGGUGACGAAGUACUCUUCUCAGGAAGAGAUCCGGAUACUGUUCACGGUAACGCACCGGAUGGCAAACAGAUCAUUGAGUUGAUCGAUGAUCAUUGUUGGAGGCAAUGCAAGUUGCAAUUCCACUUUAUUUGGCCGGAUGGGGACCAAUCAUGGGAGUCUGCCAGUAAGGCAGACCAGCUCACCCAACUGGAUGAGUAUCUGGAGCUUCAAGGUGUGAAGACUCCAGAGGAUCUCCCAAAAAGGGAUCCUCAGGGAUAA